CCACAUGUGAUCGGACAGAGUGGGGAUGAUGCCGUUAUGUAAAGUACUGUGUAGAACGCGGGGUCUGGUUCCGGUCUCAAGCAAAACACGCAAAGAAAAGUGCACCGUUUGCAGGACAGCCCGAGCUCGGAGUGACUCCCGCUGCGAGAGGAGGGCGAGCUGUGGCCUGGCUGCUCCCCUGUAGGUCAGGUAACUUGGGCGAAGGUAUAGCUGCUUGCUGCCUAACGGUUCGUACUAGCUAACUCAACGCUGGCGCACGGCUGUGGAGCUCCCCUGAUUUCACCAAGGCGCAAAACGAAGUUGCUGCUUCAUUUCAAACGCGAGCAAGUGAACGUUUGCGAGGAUCCGCCAGCGAAGCGCCGAGCUUCCUGAGGCUCGGCAGUGGAUGGUGGAGCUGUUUUGCUGCCUGGCUGGGUGGUUAUUUGGUUUGGAGGCGGUUCAGCUCAGCUCAGCUCCACGCGGAAGACUCCACAGAGCAGCAGCCGAGCCAACGCAUCAUUCACCUCAGUGGGAAGCUGCAUGCUAGCUGAUUAGCACUGUGCUCACUUUAACAUGCUCAGGAUUUGUGGGAUUUGAAGGCACUCGCGGAUUUUCUCGGAAAGCAUGUGAUGACCCAAGCUCGGAAAAAGGGUUCCCUCAGCCAGUGCCGUGGCGAGGGCCAUGACUAUUUAGAUGGAUGGUCCCAUGGUAAGACCAUGGGAAGAGCUUGGCCUGAGCGUUGUUUGAAAGAUGGCAAGGCUCUUAAAACUGGGGCCAAAAGACACAAGCAAAAAGGACAGAAGCGCAUGGAGAGAUGGAUCCAUGAUGGGUUUAAGAGCAGAACCAGGCUAGAGAAGUUUCUGAACAAGGACAGGACUAAGACGGAUGUGGCUAAGAAAGGCAAGGCAAAAGUAUCCAAGAAGUUGAGGGAAGAGCGGAACAGGAAGCUCUACCCACUACGACGGAGGGGUGGCACACCAGAGAGUGAGGCCUUGAGCUGCCAUGUCCUACUCACCCGCCUUCAGGAGGAUGCUUUGGAACCGGGAAAUGACUUAAGUGAUGAGGAUCCAGACAUGAUUCAAAGAGAAAUUUUGCAAAAGAAGAGCAAAAAACAUAACAAAAAGCUAGAAAAAGCCAAGGAAUCGUGUACACCAUCUAAAAUUAAAUCAGAACCAACUUUCAAUAAAACCCCAGCUCAGGAGCCUCGUAAGCGUCGGCUCGCCUCUCUCAAUGCUGAAGCAGUCAACAGCCUGUUGCUGGAAAAAACAGAUGCACCACAAGGCAGCAAGCUCGCUAAGAAACAGCAGCAAGAAGCCCCACCUGUUGCAAUUGCAGCAGAUGAUACAAAGAUUUACUCCCUUUCAAAAAGGUCUGCACAAGCUCGUAAGACUGAAUCGUGCCAAAGCCGCAAGAAGGCCAAGAAAAGCAAGUCAGAGGAGAAAGAUGACAAUGAACUGAGUCUGUAUGCUCCCACUCCUAGACGUCUUGCUGGACUAAAUGCUGCCGCCCUGCUGAAGCUCACAAGCUCCUCUACAGGAAAUAAGCAGCGAGUGAAGACAGACAGUAAAGACGCUUGCGUGACAGGGAAGCAGACUAUACGGUCUAAAAGCAGGGUGCGACAGCCUAAGAAGCAAGGCUUUCAGCAGGCUUUGUCACAACGUGGCUGUGCGGUGUGCAAAAGCCGGGGAACUUUGGAGUCCAAACUGAAGUGGGAAGGGGCAACUAACCAUCACCGUCUAACCAAACCAGGGUACCAGUCUCGCAGUAUGAUGGGUUAUCCCCUGAAGGUGGUGAAAGAAGAGCAGGUGGAGACCGAUCUUAGUCCUUCUUACUUCUGCUGUCCUCCAGAGGGCUCAGUGGAAUACUGCCACAGGUUGGCGCUGUUCCUGGGGCAGAAGGCCUAUAGCGAGACAGAUGAGCACCCUGUGACCUCUGUGAAACGUGAAUGCUUGGUUCCUCCGUCAUCACUGGCACACCCAGCCCUCACCCUCAGUGCCCACCCAUGCCUGUGUGCAGACCCCUGCUACUCUGGUUACUACGUUCACAUUGCUCACCCCGGGCCACCUUCUUCUAGCCUAAGUACGCAGCCUCUGCCUUGUGCACACAACUCCCUGUGUGCCCGCAGGGUCCACGGGUCCAAGCUGCUGUCCUCUUCCGUGUCCCAUUCCUCAGGAAUCCCACACCCUACCUUCUGCAAUUCGGUGGGGUCACCCUGCUACAGCGAGGGCUGCAGGGUCGGCAGCUACGCCUUCAGUGCUAUGCAGCCAGUCACCAGCAGGGCGUGCACUUAUGCCACAGGCUGCUCCAACUGCAGCCAUCAAAUCAAAACAGAAGGCUACUCUUCACCUCAAGGGGAUCACAAAUCCUCACUGCUUGUGCCACCGGCGUUGCCCCUGUCUGGCUGCUCGUUGCCCAGAGUAAGCCCAUCCUCCACAGUUCUACCACGUCUUCUGUCCACCCUCUCAGAGAACAGACAGAGAGAGGUCAGGCUUCAAGGGCCUAAAGAAUGCCCUCAAAGCACUAAACCAUCCAAUGGCUCCAUUGCUAGAGGGCACUCAAAACUGUCUCCGAAACAGCCAGUGCCCACCCCAGUAAGUGCCAAACAGCAGAAAAAGGUGAAUCGCCACCGAGCAACAAACGGCUGGCGCCCUUUUGGAGAACCUACAGAGAGAGAAGUCUUUAUUGCGGGAGAAGAUGAGACUGCCCUACGUCAGUGUUAUGAAGGAGUAGAGAGAGAUGGAGAAGUGAUUCGGGUCAGAGACACUGUGCUGCUGCGCUCUGGACCAAGAAAGAAAUCCUUACCAUAUGUGGCCAAGAUAUCAGCUUUGUGGGAUGACCCCAAGACAGGAGAGCUGAUGAUGAGUCUGUUCUGGUACUAUCGACCUGAACACACACAGGGAGGCAGGGAUCCCAGCAUGCACUGUGAGAAUGAAAUAUUUGCCUCUCGGCAUCAAGAUGAAAACAGCGUGGCCUGUAUUGAAGACAGAUGCUAUGUUUUGCCGUUAGCACAGUACUGUAGAUUUUGUGCCUUGGUAAAGCGCCGAUCAGAGGGUGUACCUGACAGCACCCCAGUGGUGCCACGCCCCUCCGACAGUGCCAUCCCCUCUCACCGACUUGUGCCCGAUGAUGUCGACCCUGAGCUGGUUUACCUGUGUCGCCAUGUCUACGACUUCCGUUACGGCCGCAUACUGAAGAACCCGCAGUAAAGGUGCAAGCUUGCGCCUCACACAUGAUGGAAAGCCUCCAUACUAAGAGGAUCUCUGUGAAACCUACUGGCCUGUUUUGUUCUGAUCAUUAUAAUUUAUUUUGGGAAGAGAGGUUUUAAUUUGCUUUAAAAGAUAACUGAGGUCAGGAGGGUAGUCAACCACUAAAGGAACAUCCCCUAUAAUCAUGAAAAAGUGGCAGUAUCUAAGGUGAGCGCCAUAGAAAUGCGAGAAUAACAGCUUUGCAUCUUAAUUUCAUUUUGUUUUUCUUUUGCAUAGAAGGUGAUGGGUUUUUUUUUUGUAUAUCUCUUCAGUGAUUUGUCUUGUACACUGGACUGUGACACUGGCAAAGGGAGAUGAAGAUUCUGAGCAUAAUCAAAAGUUUUAUUGAAAGUCUGACUUAAAGCAGGACAAAUCUAGGCACAUCUCAGUUAGAAAAUGUAAACCUUCAAUUUGGUGGAGACUAGAUUUGGAUAUUUUUUGUUGGGAACAACAAGAGGAAGUGGACAAGUCAUGUUCUUUCUUGUGGAGGAUCUUCUGUUCCUCAUUUUUUCCUGUAAAAGAGUGGAGUUCUACUGUUCUACCAUUUAAUAUAGUAGUGAAGGAAGUAGAGCCACCAUGAAAUAUCAGUCAGUGGAGUUGUCCACCCUGUUCAUUCUUCUCCGUGUCUUGCCUUAUUACUUGCAGGUAGCUCUGUAGGCAGCUAGUUCGACCCAGUCCUCUAAGAACGCCACUUCUGUAAUAAAAUAAACCAAAGGUCAGCACAGUGUUAAUCACCAUUCUCACUAGUCAAAAGCCCCAGUUUCCACAGUGUCUGCCUGUGCUCUCUAAUGCCAUAGAUUGGAAAAAGUGAUUUACAUUUGUUGUUUUUUUUUUUAAGGGGAAGUUUUAUAAUAUAUUGAAUUGACGCACUCAAGACAUAUAACAAAUAUAUUUUAAAUAUUUAUUUGACAAAAUCCUGCCUGUGCCCAUUUUCCCUCGCUUCUAGAAACCCUAGUGAAAUUGCACUAAUCCAUGCCUUUGUUUGAUUGUUUCUCCUUUAUUAAUCUAUCUUGCUCUGCUGCUCUUCUUACUUUACAUAUUAGCCUAUGGCUCUGAUUCUAUCAACACUUUACAGCAGAUUUAAUCAGGAAGGAAACAUGCAAGAAUAAUGUCUUAAACCACUCAUAUUAUGUAGAGCAAACUAAAAGUAUGCGAAUAACAAAUCUCAAAAUAAGUUGACCAUGCAGAAGGUUUGUUGUGCAAAUAGAUUUAGAUUCUGAAGGUGUCAACGCAAAGCAUGGAAAAUGUAUGGCUGAACUGUCUCUAAAUGUGCAACAUUUCUGUGAUGCUCAGUGGCUACUGCUCUUUGUUAAAUGCUACAUCUGUUGUAAAUAUGCCUACCUGCCUCCUACAGAGGUGCCAUGAUAGUCUUGAGUGAGAUUUUUCAGUUGAAGGACUAGGGAAUCCCUUCCAGGGAUGUAUGUUGAAGGUGGGAGGAAUUUUUGAAAAACUACAAGCGCUUUUUUUGUUGUUGUUGUUAGUUGGCUACAUGACAGUAGCGUAUUCAUGGCUGGUUUUAGGCCAGAAUGCCCUUUUAAGUACAUUUACCUCCUAAUGCUGAAGUCUUUCCGCAACUGUCAGUUCGUAGUGAGAUUCUAAAAGAGAUAAAGUCAUUUAACUGUCCAGCCCCAUGUUUUGGCAUCACAUGCCAGACUAAGAGUGUUAAUGACUGAUAAAUACCUUUAUCUAAAGAAUUCAUACAAAGGACAAAUAGUCCUUAGAAUACUCCUAGUCAUAUGGAGGAUCUGCAAUACAUGAUAAGCUAAUUUUUCACAUCUAUGCAUUUAAAUCCUCUAUGGCUCUCUUAUGUUCUUGAUUUGCUGGUUAUUUUAAUACUAUUUGGCUUGAGCUAACAGGCAGCCAAAUUGACACCCUUCAAACAGCCUCCUUUAUCAGCUAAAGUAAAUGCAUAUUGAUU